CUGUCGUCAAUGUGCUUCACCUGAGAUCAGAUAACACUUGUGGUUGGUGCGCAGAAGCAAUUCGUCUUCCUAAAGACCUGGUUUUGCAGUUGCUCUCGUGAAGCCGUGAAGGCAUCUAGCUUAGCCAGGAUACUGAUCUCGAGCCAUUAUGUUGAGAACUUUGCGUAAGCUCCUAUCUGUUUCUUCCUGUUCGCUCAAGGAAAUUCAGAGAAACUCACCGCUUUUGGAAACUGAGGUCGUGGUCAGAAAUUCGCCGGAGAUUCCACAGGAUGUAUUGCUGGAUAUCUUUGCCCUCCUGGAGAUCCCUGACCUCAUGCGUGCCGGAUCUGUCUGCUCCUCCUGGCGCUCUGCGUGCACCACCAUAUUCAGCCAGCCUGAACUGUACAAAAGGCUUCAGACCCCUUGCCUCCUCUACACGUCCGAGUCUGCUGGUGAGAACGUAGCUUGUCUCUACAGCCUCGCAGAAAAGCGAGUCUACAAUUUUACUCUUCCAGAUCCGCCUAUCCGCAGUAGGUAUCUGGUUGGGUCCUCACAUGGCUGGCUUCUUACUGCUGAUGAGAAGUCCGAGCUACACCUUGUCAACGUGGCCACUGGUCAACAGAUUGCUCUCCCGUCAGUAAUCACCAAUGAGAGUGUGAAGCCGAUCUUUGACGACGCAGGCACAAUUGACAAGUAUGAGUUGUGGGACCCAAUGCACGACAUUGACUUAGACUUUCAAUAUAUUGGUCACCAUAUGACAAUUCAUGCUCUCGAUGAGCUUCGUGACGUCUUCUACCACCAAUCUUUCAUAUUUCCUGAUCCGUCCACAGGAAGCUACAUUGUAGUUCUCAUUCACGGUCUAUCACUUCAGCUUUCGUUUGCAAGGGUAGGAGAUUGCAAGUGGACCUUGCUGCCGCCAGGUUGGGACUACCAACAAUGCAUCUACACGGAUGGUUUGCUGUACGCAUUCACGAGAUUCGGAAGAGUCGACACUUUUGAUCUCACCAGUCCUACCUUCACAAUGAAUACAAUUACAGAUUGCAUGAAGAAUUAUAUCCCUGAGUGCAUGUAUGUUGUUCAGACUCCGUGCGGUGAUCUGCUGCAAGUUCGCAGGGAGUUUGACCUCAUAGAUACGGAUGACAACAAGCUCAUAUGCGAGACCAAGAAAAUAUUGCUAUAUAAAGUUGAUAUGGCAGCAAAAGAGCUUGUGGAAAUGAAGGACUUGCAUGAUCAGGUGUUGUUUCUUGGGUAUAACCAGUCACAAUCCCUUAGUGCUAAAGAAUUUCCCCAGUUGAAGCCAAAUUGUGUCUAUUUCACAGAUAGUGAGUCACAUGUUUGGAAAUAUAAGAAUUAUUGCCGGGAUAUAGGUGUUCUCAACUUGGAAAAUGACACCAGGGAAGAAAUUUUACCUCAGCUUUGGUGCAGCUGGCCGAACCCCAUAUGGUUAACACCCAGUCUCGCAAGGAUGAAUUGGAUUUGCACAAAUACUUAGAUAGAUAACUUGUUGUAAUUUUAUAGCCCAUUUCUUUGAUGUCAUUAGAACCUGUCCGGUAGGUUCAUGCUGACCCAACUUUUCCAAUCCUGUGGGCGCAAGCUAUGACAACGGAGGCAUGUUCCGUUUAUCUUUUCUCCAAACGUUAGUUGGCAUAUAUUUUUUACUUUCCUUUUCUGAACUGUCCAAUACGUUUUCAUUUAGAGUACAUCUGUCUACACUACUAACCAUUUGCAUUACAUUUUACCUUUUUAGUUUCCCUUUUCUUAAGAUAUAAUCCUUGUAAUAGUCAGGUUCCAUUUAAUUUGAUAGUGUAACUGAAAAGGCCGACAAACUAGCAUGUAGACUGAACUCCAAGAUUUUUAAUGGGGAAGAUUUACUUCAUCCAAAUUACAGUAUAACAUUAGUUUCUUACUGAUACAUUUUCUUAAAGUAUGUUCAAUAAAUAAAGAACAGAAGUGGAAAUAUCUUUUGUGUUUUCCUAUGUGUUACUGUGGAACAAUCCUACUCUUUUGUCUUCAUCUAUACACAGGCAUAUCUAGCAGAUUUCUCUGAUAUCAUGCCUCUAUUGUUACCAGUAAGGGACAUUUUUAUUCAUUUGAUGCUUUAAUGCGCUUGAAUCUAUUAUUAGAUUAUAUUUUUUUGUAUUUUAUUAACCACAGGAGAUCGAGGCCAUUUUGAUUUUUUACCCGAACC